ACAGUAAAAAUAUCUCUAUUUAGUUACCAAACAUUUUCGAGAAUCCGGCAUGGCUUCAAUACUAAGAUCUUCGAAAUUUGCACGAUAUAUAGCGGGAUUUGCAAGAAAUAUCGUUGUAAAUACACCCCGUGAAUUUGACGGAAGCGUAAUCAACAAUUCGCAAUGUUUUUGCGGCGCAAUUCCCCGAUCGCUAGCCACACAGGCGGUCGCUCAACACGACCAAAACCUAGAACGUCGCUUACGUUCCCUUGAUCAAGAUGUACGCAGAUCAGGUCGAAUAUCACGCCGAGACAUCGAAGAUGUCCUUGAGGAAAUUCGGAGUUCCCGAUCGGCCACAAGCUCCCAGUCUUUAUUGGUUAUUAGAUGUUGUGGAAAUCUAGUCCCUGAAGAGGUGCCAGAAAUUCGUACAAAAUUGGUCCAAGAAAUUUGGAAUACUCUAAAGAAAUUAAAUGUUCCUAUGGAUAUCUCACAUUAUAAUGCUUUAUUGAGGGUUUAUUUAGAAAACGAACAUGAAUUCUCACCAACAGAGUUCUUAACGGAACUUGAAAGUAAAGGCUUAGAACCUAAUCGAGUUACUUAUCAAAGAUUGAUCUCUCGUUAUUGUCAAAUUGGAGACAUUGAAGGAGCUACAAAAAUUUUGGAGUUUAUGAGAGAAAAGCAACUUCCAGUUAAUGAAAACGUGUUUAAUGCUUUAAUAAUGGGUCACUCACAAAGUGGUGAUAUGGAAUCAGCUAAAGGCAUUUUAAAUGUAAUGACACAGGCUGGAUUGGAACCGAGCGCAGAUACGUACACAACUCUCCUGUGUGGUUAUGCCGCUAAAGGUGAUAUGGAUGCGAUUAAAAAGACAGUUGAUGAAUGCGCCCAAAAAGACGUUCAUUUACUCGAUAAAGAUUUCUUGGAUAUUGUGUACUCGUUAGCAAGUAACGGACAUGGAAAAUAUGUUCCUCAAAUUUUAGAAAAUACAAAACGUCAAAUCGGUUAUAGUCAAGACGCGAUUAAUCUAAUUUUGCGAUUAAUUAAUAAAGGGCAAGUAGAUGUCGCUUAUGCAGUGUUAAAAACAAUUCCGAGAGGGAGUAAUGAAGACGGUGAUUUAAUGCCAUUGGGUGCUUUUUUCAUUAAACAAUUAGUAAAAGCUAAUCAUCCAUUUGAAACGAUUGUAAAAUACAGUGAAGUAUUAAAGAAUGAGGGUUUUUAUGAAAAAGGGUUAUUAUUGGCUACAGAAGUUGGAUUAGAAUCAGGAAAUGAAAACUUAGCUUUUCCGUUGAUGGAUGAACUCCAAAAAAAUGGAACUCCAAUUAGGCAACACUUUUUUUGGCCACUUUUAGCAGCUCAAAAUAAUGAUAACACCGGAAAUGGAAUCAUAAGGGUUUUAUCUCAAAUGAGUAAAUAUAACCUCGCUCCGACUAGCGAAACGAUUCGAGAUUACGUUAUCCCAAACAUGCAAGGUAAAAGUAGCGAUGUUAUCGCAAAAUUACGCGAAGCUAACAUCUCAGUGGGGCAAUCUGCCGCUAGCUUGGUACAAAGAUUAAUUCAAAAACAAGAUUUGAAAGAAGCUGCUUUAAUUAUUUCAACAAUACCGGCUUAUCACACUCCGGAAUUAAUCAGGCGAUUACUUACAAAUGCGUUCUAUGCAACCGAAGACGUCGAUUCUUAUGUCACAAUUAUACGAUACGUCGUUGAGUACAGCGAUAGGCUCGAUUCACUUCGAGGACCAAAAGAAGAAAAAAUAGAUAUUUUAGGAUCCUUUAUCAUUGAUUUAAGUUCAUUUAGAAAGUUCCCAGAAGUCGUUGAAAAAGUUUGCGAUAAGUUACUUUCGCAUGGUUUAAGUUUACCAACAAAAGCAGCCGAAAGAAUCCAAGAAAAACUCGGCGAAAACAUGACAUCUAAGACAAACGAUUUACUAGAAAAAUUAACUUCCGGCGAAUUAAAACCGAUUCCUAUAACAAAAUCGAAAUUACCCGCUUAUACCCCAUACAAUCAAAUGAAUAUUCCACAACUUGAACAAUUAAUUAAAAAUUUAGACGCAAAGAAACAAGAUACGAAAGGUUUUAAAAGGCAUUUAUUAACGUUAUAUUAUCAAGCGAAAGAACUUGAAAAAAUGGAGUCUUUGACAAAGAAUCUUUCUGAAGAUCCAGAAUUUAAAUAUACUUCAGGAAUUUAUGCCCAAAUGAUGGAUGUUUACUCAUAUCAUAAUAAACCGGAGGAAGCAAAGAAUUGUAUGAAGAAAAUGCAAGAAUUAGAACCUGAUCGUGCAAUUGAUGACUCAAAAAUACUUCGAUACUCACUUUGUUUAAUUAAAUCCGAUCAAUUCGAUAAAGCAAUUGAAGUAUUAACCGACCCAAAUUUAAAACGACGAAAUGAACAAAAAUCUGUUGGUUAUAAUGGGCUAUGCUGGACGAUUUUAAAUCAUCUCGCCGAAGCUGGACAAGCUGAAAAGUUACAAAAACUUUUUAAUGUUUUGCAUCAAAAUAAUUACAUUGAAGUUAAUAAUAUUUUAUUGGGAUCUUUAGUUAAAGUACAUAUUAUUAAUAAAGAUCUUGAUAAAGCGUUGGAAGCUUUCGAAUGGUGCGCUUCACAAUUUAAAGCCACACCAUGGAAAGGUGAAUUAACUUGCCAAUUAAUCCAAAUUGAAGACGCCGAAAGAUUACAAAGAGUCACCGAUUUAAGUACAUCAGUUCACGGAGAAAUCAACAGUUUAUAUGAUUUAGUUUUUGCUUUCGUUGAAUGUGGUCGAAUUCGUCAAGCGAGAAAAAUUUUAGAAACCCCCGGAUUACAAAACAGACCUCAAAAAAUUCAAAACGUUUGUGAAAGAUACCAAGUUGAAGGGUUAGUUAAACCAUUGGAAGGGUUAAAAGAUGCAACUAAAGAUUUGAGUCACAUCGAUCGAUCUAAUAUUUACUAUCAACUUCUUUUAAGUUAUAUAAAACAAGAGGAAACCGAAAAAGCUAUUGGGUUAUGGACCCAAAUGCAAGAAGAAGACAUUUUAGCAUCAGAUAAAUUUUUACAUGUCCUUGGAAAUUAUUUGAAACAAAAAAAUUUAAAUGUACCUUUUGCUAUACCUCAACAAGAAGAAACAAAUGUUGUUAAACAAGAAAGAACUUCAACAACCUCUGUUACUAAACGGAUUAAAAAGGAUGUUAUUAAUUUUCGACAACAAAUUAAUUCAGGCAAUGUAACUGAAGCUUUUAACAUUUAUAAGCAAACGAAAGAAUCUCUUUCUCUUAACGAUUUAUCAGCUUUGUUAGAGAAAUUGGUGCAACAAGAUCAUUUAUCAGAUGCCAAUAAACUAUGUAUGGAUAUGUUAGAAAAACAACAAAUUCCUUUACCAAGAGUAUUUCGUUAUUUUCUAAAUAAGUUGGCCGGAAAUGGUGAGGUGGAAACUUUGGAGAAAAUUGGCUCCAAACUUGAUCAAGAGAUGAAAAAGGUUGUAUCUUUAGAUAACAGGAUUUGUCAUGCAAAUUUAGUUGCGGGAAAAGCUGAGGAUUAUUUGAAUAUGUUAGCGAAGGAAAUUGAUCAAGCAACUCCGGAGAGUUUAGCACAAAUUUCUGAGAAAUUUCCUAGAGGUGGAGCUGUCGGAAUUUUGGAAAAACAUCCAGAACUAACAGAAAAAUAUGAACAAAUAGCACAAAAAUAUUCCAAACAUAAAAUUAUAGCACCUUAUAACGUUCUUUGGGCACAGUACUUUAUAAAAGGUAAUGAUGAGAAAGCUGAACAAAUUUGGAAAGAUUAUUUACAAGGCGCCCCAAGAAUAAUGUUCCAAAGAGUAGUUCAGGCAGCUAGAGAUAAUCAAGAUGUAGUAUUAAUUAAAAAAUUAAUUGAUCACUUAAAAACGAGCAAAGUAACUGAAGGAGCUUUAGGGAAUGCAUACAGUUGUCUUUUGGAUGUGGUGGUUGCGAAAGGAGAUAAAGAUGAAGUGAUAUCGACGUUUGAGGCAACUGUUAAAGAAAUUCCGAUUGAAUCGAUAAAUAGAACAGCUGUUUUGAGGGUAAAAGAUAUUUAUACAAGUCAAGAAAAGCCGUUUAUUCAUAAAAUACCUUUGAAAAGUAAAGGUAAUAUUAGUAGUUCACAAGAAGACCAAAAACGAUAAAUAAUUUGAAUAUUAGUUUAAGUUAGAUUGUAAAUGUUAUUUUAUAAUUAAAAAUAAAAACUUAUUUGAAAG